AUGGAAGACUGCUGUAAUCUUGAAGUAGAUGUUAAUGGCCAAGAGACUUUCCUAGUGGACAAGAAAAUUCUUGCAUCUUUCUCUUGUAGAUUGAACAAACUGUUUGAAAAGUCGAGGGGUGCAACAAAGAACCUGAAAGUAAUUUUCCAUGACUUUCCUGGCGGUGCAGAGGGUUUUGAGCUCAUAGCAACAUUUUGCUAUAACAAUGGCAGAAUUGACAUAACUCCCUCUAAUAUAUUUCUGCUACAUUGUGCUGCCAAUUUCAUGGAAAUGAAUGUAGACAGCCGUGGGAAGCUCAGUUUGUCACGCCAAAUCAAGAAAUACUUUGAAGGGAUUCACUUCUGGACUUGGUCCAAAUUCGUAGUGGGUUUGAAACAGUGCCAAGAUUUAUUUUUGGUCAUGAAUUCUUCGCAUAUGCUUCAGGAAUUUUUGGAUUGUUUGGUUGGAAGACUUGUUUUGCCUUACGAUGCAAGCCCCUAUACAUCUUCCUCAGACAGGUCUAGUUUUCAGUUUUCUGGUGACAUAAGUCUUGACAGCAUGAGGAAUUACAGCUCUCAAACUCUAUGGUGGUUCGAAGAUCUUGUCUUUUUGGACACUGAUUUGUUUGAAAAAGUGAUAGGGACAAUGUUGUCACAUAAAUUCAACCAUACCACAUUAUCUUCGUUCAUCUUUUAUUAUCGAAAAUCAAGGUUUGUUGGUGCCUCAAUACUUGAGAGGUGCAAAAUCACAGAGACUGUAAUCAGUCUGCUUUGUUUACUUGAUGAGAGCUCCAUUUCUUGCAGAGGUUUAUUUGAAACUUUUCGAGUAGAUUUGAACUUGAAAAUAAGCAAAUGCUGCAAGAUUAAGUUAGAAAGUUUGAUUGGUCCUCAGCUUGACCAAGCUACAUUGGAUGAUUUGCUUGUUCCUCCUCCACCUUGGAAGAAAUACGCAUACGACGUGAAUCUAAUCCUUAGGCUCUUGAAGGUAUUCCUGCUUGAUAGUAGCAAAAUAUUUUCCCAAAAUCAGCUGAAAAAAAUUGCUGGCUUGAUGGAUCUGUACAUGGCAGAAGUGGCCCCUGAUCGUUGUCUUAAGCUUUCAAAGUUUGUGGCAUUAGCCAUGGCCCUGCCGGAUUCUGCAAGAGACUCUCAUGAUGGAGUCUACCGAGCAAUGGACAUGUAUCUUGAGGUCCACAAUGGUCUAUGUGAAGAAGAGAAAAUUAGAUUGUGCUGUGCACUAAAUUAUGACAAGCUCUCACCGGGAACUUUGGGACAACUAGCUCAGAACACGAAAUUUCCACCUAUUGCAGUAGUCACUGCUAUUGUCUCUCAGCAAUCCAAGCUCAAAAAACUUCCCAAGGAUGCAAAUCAUCUCAAGACCUUCAGUGACUGGCCUGUAUGUUCCAAUAAAAAGGGUAUUGGUGCAAAGAAGGUGUCUGAGCAAAUCUUUCUUCGUGCAAAAAAUUAUGAUUUUCCAUCUCACUGUGAGAAGCUUAGACUACAAAUGCAAGGUAUACCGUGGAAGGUUGUGAAAUUGGAGGAGGUUUGCAAGACCUAA